GGUAAAAGCUCAUUUAAACGAUUUUUUCUUUUGCAUCGUUCAUGAAAAUAAGAAAACUUAACUUAUUAUUCAUCCCUUUGUCACAAUAUGUGCUAAAUGUGAACGAAUUUUAUACAGGCAUAACUAAAGUCAACUCUCAGAUAACGCGUCAUCAAGUAGCCUACCGAAGUUACAGACGCCAUUUUGGCUCAAACAAACUCUACAUUUCACUUACUAGUAAAACAUAUUCGUCUUAAGAAAUCGUAUUUUAUACUCAAUUCAUUAAAGAGGCCGCCCGUAAAGUUACUGCGCGUGUCUGCUAAUAUAACUGCUGUAUCUUUUUUCUGAAUUGUAAAGUAUUUUUAAUAAUACACCUGCUAAGUCCUCUGCUAGCAGUCCGCUACGUGUCACCGUUGUUGUGCCCAGAUGAUAAGUUAAAUAUUUGGCGAAUGUAAAUAAAAAUGGGUGGAUGCUCCGCUCCAAACUGCUCGAACUCUACAACUAUUGGAAAGCAGCUCUUUCGCUUUCCGAAAGACCCCGUGCGCAUGAGAAAGUGGCUUGUAAAUUGUCGGCGUGAUUUUGUACCGACUCCCUGCUCCAGACUGUGCCAGGACCACUUUGAAGAAAGCCAGUUUGAGGAGAUCGCCAGAUCACCGGCAGGGGGAAGGAAACUCAAACCCAACGCAAUCCCCACACUGUUCAAUGUACCCGACCCUCCCUCUCCUGUCACCCCUCAAGUUGUGUUACCUGUUAAAAAUGAGCCAGUGGAAAAGGACUUGAACAUGGGGGACCAUGGAUAUGCCCGCCGACAGCCCCCUGUGGAUUCAGAGGAGGAUGGGGUUCAGAGGACAGACGAAGAGCGACCCUGCUCUCUCUGCCAGCAUUAUAAAACCAAACUGGAGCAGCAACAGCAGCACACAGUCAGAUUACAGAGAGAGGCAGAGGAAAUGAAGAAACGUCUUUACAAACUGAGUAAAAUAGAGAAGGGGCUGCAGGUGUUCUUGUUUGAGGAUCAGAUACGCGCCCUAACGUUGGCCAAGCGUUCUCGGAGGGCAGUGUGGUCCCAUGACACUUUACUGACAGCCCGUAAAAUCCGUUGCGCGGUGGGGGUUAAAGGAUACGAGUACCUAAGGGAACUGGGCUAUCCUUUGCCUUCGUACAGGACGCUUUGCAAUCGGCUGGAGCCCAAAAUGAUGGUGACCACAAGUAUGCAGGACGAACUGGCAGAGCUCGGCCUGGGCAUCAUAACAGCUUGUGACAGUCCUGAGGGCAACGUGACGAGUGAUGAAGGACUGAUUGGAGUCAUGACCUGAGACACUGUGUUUGUAAGAAACUGCACUUAAACCAGCCAAAGGCGAAGCUACAGCGGGACUCGCAGAGGAUGUUUGUUUACUGGGUUAAAUUAUUUUGGGUUGUUGUUGUUGCAUUUUAAAACCAUUUGCAUAAAUAACAGUCUGGAGAUGGUUCACCAUUAUGUGUUUUCUUUUCUCUAAGAAAGAAAUAUUUUGGUCUUUCUGCAUCUGGCUGUGUAGUUGGAAUCCCUUGAUGCAAAUAUUACACCUGUUACCUAUUUGAAGAAAAUUGAGGUGGAACUGUCAGUGGAAUAAUUUCAGCUGUUCACAGAAUCAUAAGAAUGUACCCUGAAAACCAAAUGUUAUCACUCUAAACUUGAUUUGUGCUACUGAGACAAAGAUAUUAGAAAGUUUUUGCUUGUUUCUGUGAGAGGACAAACGAGCAAAUGUCACUAUUUUAAAGUGGUAUAUCGGUAGUGGUGCUGUCUUAAAGUGGUAUAAAUCUGGUGUACGAGUUUAGCAGCCAAAAAGAUAGCACAUAUUUAUAGAGCCACCACACAAAUGAUUCAUGCAGUUGACAAAUUGAGGGGACUGUUCUGAAUAAUAAACUUCUGUCUGGCCGCAAA